UGCCAGCCACCACUCACGUUCACACUCUCCCUCACUCGCACUCACUCUCCCAGUCACACACCCUCCAGCACCUGCAUCACUCACCUCACUUGCUCCUUUCAUCUUCCUCACAUUCAUCACUCUCAACGCUCACUAUGUCUCACUAGCACUAAUCCUUAUCAUUAUCUGCAGUCACCCUUCACCCAUAUUAGUAACCUCACACGUCCAACCACACACAUCCUCCUCGGGCACACACUAACCAUCCCUUCACCUCCCCUUUCUGACCAGAUAUACUCGUACUAAACCCUCCUCCUUCAUUUCCCACCCUUCUCUUCCUCUCCCCUUCACCACAUACUCUCCAUACACACCCCUUCACACACACACCAAGCCAGUCAUAUCCCUUCACCUCCCACUGAUGACGUAUGACAACCCUCCCCUUUCUUUUCCCACCCUACUCUUUCUCUCCCGUUCACCACAUGCUCCCCAGUCACAUCUAAACACACCCUUUCACAGUCACAAAGUCAGUCAUCCCUUCACAUCCCCCCUGACGAUAUAUAACAACGCUUCCCCUUCUGUUCCUACUCAUCUCUCCCCCUUCAACACACACACACAACCAUACACCUCUACACCGAGACAUUAACACCCCCUCUCCACACACCAACACUCACCCCUUAACUCCUUCUAACCACACACAAACCCGCCUCUCUUUCUCCUUCCCUCCUGACCCUCGGCCCCUCACCACGCUCCAGUACAGAGGGAACACCAAGCGGCCCUCACGAUGUGGAUUUCCGGAGAUAACUCAAACCAUAAACUUCAGCCAGUGACACAGUGAGCGACAGUCACAACGAGGGAUCACAAGUCCUAAGGCUAUGACCCCGCAAGACACGUGGGAUUCAUGCAAGGAAAGGCUCGCGUGGAACACUGCAGCCACAAAGGAGGCAAGGGGAGCAAACAGUGAUACUUUAAUGCCCCUGCACGGCCGCCAGGCCAGCAUGGCACGGCCACCGUUCUCUUGGUGCCGGCGACCCUCGGCGUCUCCCGGCCCGGCCUACAUCACACUGGUUCUCUUGUUGUGCUCGUUGGUGCAGCUGAGAGUGGCGGCCCUCCAAUUGCCGGCCUCGUCUCCAACUACGUCAUCUCCCCAACGCCUCCACAACGACUCAAGAACCUUGACUCAGCAAGCUGUCCAAGGGGGCUUCGCUGCACCACCACCCGGUGGGGCGCUCGGAGGCUGGAGGGUCAGCGUGGCAAGGAAGGCGCAUUUGGACCAGCCGGAAGGAACGCGACUUACUGAAGCGGGCACGACCACGUCCACAGCCGACGCCAUGCGGCCUCGCUACAUCAAGGGGGGCGCGAUGCAUUCACUUGACCGCACCUCACGCAGCAUCACAACGAUCCAACGUAUUGAGCUGCAUGGGCCACCGCUGCCGGACCGGAAGACCCUCUUCGUGGAGGUGGUGGUGCUCGCUGAUUAUAGCUUUUACAACCACUACGGCACACGACACGAUGCCUCCCAACGCGCCGCACAGCUUCUGAGCGUUGCCAACAAGGUUCUGGGCGGUGUGGGCGUGAUGCUGGUGCCAGCGAAGGUGUCGGUCUGGGACUCACGGGACCAGUUCAGCGUGACCUCCACAGUAGAAACCAACGUCGACGGCCUCCAGCAGUACCGGCUCCGCCUCCUGCAGGAGGAACCUAAACUGCCCAACGACCACACGGUUCUCCUGACGAGGAAACAGAUGCGAGGACGAGUACCCUGCGGCGCGCCCCAAGGAGGAAUGUGCAGAAGGCGGGAGUCAGUGAGCGUCGUACAGGACGAGGGGGAGGUGCCAAGCCUGGCGGGCGUGGCCCUGGCGCAUGCGGUGGGCCACAGCCUCGGAUUUGAGGACGAUGCUGAUGACGCCGAUCACGACUGCGGUUGCCACGAUGCCACCUGCGUAAUGGGCCGCCACUUUAGUCUUCCUCCCACAAACAGAAAUGCUUCAGCUGCAAAGCUAGAAUGGAGUUCUUGCAACAGAAAAUCUCUCAGCUCAGCAAUGGAUUCUUUAGCUUUGGACUGCCUGAGGAACGUGCCGAGGAAGAGGCAUGACAGCAACAGCUGCGGCGACGGGGUGGUGGACGACGGCGAGCAGUGUGACUGUGGCCCCGCCGAAUUCUGCGACAACCCGUGCUGCGUCGCCGACACCUGCAGGCUUGCCACCAAUGCUUCCUGUGCCUCUGGUGCAUGUUGCGACACUCGGACGUGUCAGCCCAAGCCUCCGGGCACAGUGUGUCGUGCGGCUCCGAAGGAAUGUGACCUGCCAGAGUUCUGCUCCGGCCACUCCGAGUACUGCCCAACUGAUGUAAAUAAGGGGGACGGGACAUCGUGCCGCGGGGGAGAGGGUCACUGUUACAACGGGGAGUGUGGUAGCCGCGAGGGGCGCUGUGAGCAGCUGUGGGGCGCCUCCACGCCUGCCGCCUCACAUGACUGCUACUCAGAAUUUAACGUGAAAGGGAACCGUGACGGAAACUGUGGCUUCGAGACCGGUGUUUAUCGCACCUGUCGACCCGAGAACUCUCUGUGCGGGACUCUCCAUUGCCUCGCCUCGGCCCCAAGCGCCAAGCACCUCCCAGAGCAUCGCCCCGAGUCUCGACGCGCGGGACCUCACGAAUGCCACUUCAUCUCCGGAUCAGCAAACUACCCCGCCCACCACUGGCUGACCCCCAGCGGUGCCUCCUGUGGCUCUGGAAAGAUGUGCGUCAACCAGCGAUGUCAGGAGAUCCCGAAGCCUACAGGGGACUGCCGAGGUGGGUGUUCUGGACACGGUGUGUGUAACAGCCGCGGCAACUGCCACUGUGAUGCGGGUUACUCCCCGCCUGACUGCUCCUUGGCUGGACUAGGAGGCUCUGUGGAAAGUAACGUGAUGGCUGGUCCCUCAGACGUCCGGGUUCUAAUAACAUCGAUGUGGGUGCUCCUGGUGCUGCUGGCGAGUCUGCUGGCGGUGACGUGUUGCUCGUGGGGUUGUUUCAAAGGUUGGUACAAGAGUAAAGGACGCGAUUACACCUCCCGGGCUCUCCCUUGCUGCGUCGCCUGCCUGGAUACGUGCUGCUGCCCCAUCAUGACCAAGGCUGCCCGAUGGAUGCUCACUGUCCGAUUUCCUCCACAAACGAAACAGUCGAACGUAAAUAUUGAAGCUGAGGGGGACGUGAACGAGCAUAUGCUGUGCAGCGUCGACGUAGACAUCAAGGGUACCUCUCAUACAAACUCCUGGGGCGUGGCCAACGAGAAGCUGGUGACGGAGAUGGUCACCAUCACACCCAAGAACUCGCCUGACUUGCGAAGGAAGGUGAGACUGCCUUCAGACUCUCCUGUCCAACAUCACAAGUCCCAUGACAACCUUCAGCGGCCCAAGUAUUUGCAAUCUAUUUCGAUGGAUUCUGGCUGCGUCUCUGACACUGAUGAAGACGACUCCAGCAAGAGAUCUUCCCUGCAGCUUUCCAUGAGCAGUUUAAUUAGCACUUUUAGGAAGAUUGGAAACAAAAAUGGAAAAGCAACUACAGAAAAAGAAAUCCAUCUCUCGAAGAACUCUGGAAGUCAGAAAUCCAUCCCACUGAGUCGUUUGGUAGUAGAUCCGCUGGCUGGGGGCCGCAGCUCUCGGCAGGCCACGCCGCCACCAGAGCAGGCGAAGCCAGCCUACUGCCGGUCAAUCUCUACCGAUAUUCUUUCCACUGGAAGGGUCCGAGCAAGAGGGACGCCCCCACCGCCACCUCCUUCUACUCUCAAGCCUGCCAAGAGUGAAGAGAACUUGUCCAUGUCCCCAGAGAUGCCAAGUGGCGUCAGGUUUCCUUGUAGACAAAACAGCCCUCCCGGCGACAGAUCCACUCCGGCGUCUGCGACACCUAAAGAACAUGCCCACACGACUGCGUUGAGGGACGCCGUCAACACCAAUGGCCGGAAGGUGGCAUUACGGCCACCUAUUAAAAAGGCUUUGCCAUUACCACCCAGGGUUCCUCCCUCGAGGCACAACUCUCCGUCUCCUCCUCAGAUAGUUGGUCAGCGAAAUCAAGAAGGAAGACUACAAGGGAAGCCCAGUCCACCCCGAGAGGCGGCUCCACCAACUCUUCCCUCCAAGCCAUGGUCAGAAGCUCGAUCGACUUCUCCGGGAUCCUCCGCUUCAAAGGGAAACAAUAAAGUGUUGGCAAUAGCAAGAAAACUCGACGCUGCGUGAGGUGAAGAAACUAAAGGGUUUACGACUUUCUUGCCUCUCUCGCUUACCUUCGCGACUAGUGCUGUGAUUAUAAUUAAAGACUUCUUUAGGCUGUGCACAAGAUUCUUGUAUUCACUCUUUUUUAUGCUAAUAAUAAGUUUUCCGUGUGUGACGAUCGUGGACGUGCUACACAUGCCUGACAAACCGUUUUAACACACAAGCAAAGCCCCCAGUCGUAUAUGUGUUUAGCAAGGCGUUUGAUGGAUGUCUGGGAGGAGGGAUUGCUGGACCCGUGUGGCCCAAGACCCUGACGGGGCUGAGCUUGGUAGUCACGCAUGCCGACAAAUAAUUACCUGCACACAGAGUGGCUCACCAGCACCCACUGUAAGGCUCAAGGCAGGCAUCCAAAGACCCGCAUCACGCACGCCUUGACCCCUAGAGGACAUCUGUAUGUGUCAACAAAUGUCAGGUAAAUUAAUCAAAUGAUUUAGUCAUUGCUCGUGGAAAUACACCAUAGUCUCAUUUUUUUAUGGAUGUAUGAAAUCAUAUUUGAUAAAAAAUAUAUGUUCAAACUAGC